AUCAUAGUCUUUUCUCUGGACACACCCCUGGCUCCCCACACUUAAUGCAUGAAAAAUACCGAGAUGGCAAAGGCUAAGCGAUUGGGUGGCAUUUCCCCGCCCGGUUUCCCAUUUGACUCUGCGGAGGAUUUGAUGGCUGUGCUGUUUCCCACCUCCUUUCUCUGUGUUUCCCUUCCUGCUCUGACCACCAGAGCCUUCUGCGGCGGAGGUGGGGGCACUGUGGUUCCCAGAAGAAGGCACGUGGGCCUUUGGCUUCACCUCCUGGGCUAAUUGGUGAUCAGUAAUCAGUGAUCAAUGAUCAGCGAUCAGCAGGGCAGCUGAACUUCACAGUCCACCCACUGCUGGACGAUCCCCACUGUGCCACCCGGGAGAGGACGGCUGCGGGGAGGUGUGCCUGGUCAUGAGUGACCGUGGUCACUGCAUCAGCCUUUCACUGCCCAGCCGGCAGAGGCAGGAAACCCUCUGGCAGCAGCGAGAGGUGCAGGGGAAUGGAGGGGCCCAGAAGGAUGCAUUUGCCUGUUGAUUUCCUGGGGACUGCACACAAGAGACAGGUGUCCCCUGAUUUUGUACCCCUGCCCGUGAGUAGGUCUGUCUGUCCAUGCCUGAGUGAGCUGGGUGUCUCCUGGGGUGAAGAAAGACAUGGGGGAACUUGGCAUCUGCUCAGGCUAACAAAGGCCCCUGUGAUCGGCCCAAACCCCAGGAUUUAUGGCUGUGGCUGAGGCCUUGUAGGCUGUGCCAAUGCGGGCGGAGAAGGAGCCCCAGCCAGGCACCAGCCGAGUGGCUUUCCGGUCCCAGGACCCAACCCACCUCUGUCUGGCUGCCUGGCUGUGGCUUGUCUGAGCUCCUCCAUCAGCAGUGGGACACUGAGACCUGGGUAGGUCACCUGGAGGGGAACCAGUUGCCUCUUACAGCCCAAAAGGGGAGAACUCCCAGAAGCCCGCAGGCAGCCUCUGGUGACUAGGAUUCAAGGGUAGGUUGCCUGCCCUGGGUUUUGAGGCUGAGGAGCCAGCUGGCCCGGGGAGGCAGCAGAAAGUCUCAUUUCUCGGGGACUCUGUCCAUUUAUCCCAGAGGUGAACCGACUGCGCGUCUUUGUGUUAGCUCCUGCAUGUCUCCAUGGCGGGGACACAGAUUACUUUGCCUGGAAGAGUCAGCUUCAAAUAUGCAACAAGAACUAAGCAAGGGCCACUUGAUCGCUGCCCUCGACACCAUGGAUUUGCAUCUGUUCGACUAUUCAGAACCAGGGAACUUCUCCGACAUCAGCUGGCCAUGCAACAGCAGCGACUGCAUCGUGGUCGACACCAUGACGUGCCCCAACAUGGCCAACAAGAGCGUUCUGCUCUACACACUGUCCUUCAUCUACAUCUUCAUCUUCGUGAUCGGCAUGAUUGCCAACUCCGUGGUGGUCUGGGUGAACAUCCAGGCCAAGACCACUGGCUAUGACACGCAUUGCUACAUCUUAAACCUGGCCAUCGCCGACCUGUGGGUGGUGGUCACCAUCCCGGUCUGGGUGGUCAGCCUUGUGCAGCAUAACCAGUGGCCCAUGGGUGAGCUCACUUGUAAGAUCUCUCACCUCAUCUUCUCCAUCAACCUCUUUGGCAGCAUCUUCUUCCUCACCUGCAUGAGUGUGGACCGCUACCUGUCCAUCACCUACUUCACCAACACCUCGAGCCACAGGAAGAAGGUGGUUCGUCGUGUCGUCUGUGUCCUCGUGUGGCUGCUGGCUUUCUGCGUGUCCCUGCCCGACACCUACUACCUGAAGACUGUCACGUCAGCAUCCAACAAUGAGACCUACUGCCGGUCCUUCUACCCCGAGCACAGCGUCAAGGAGUGGCUGAUCAGCAUGGAGCUGAUGUCUGUGGUCUUGGGCUUUGUCAUUCCUUUCUGCAUCAUCGCCAUCUUCUACUUCCUCCUGGCCCGAGCCCUCUCGGCCUCCGGCGACCAGGAGACACACAGCAGCCGGAAGAUCAUCUUCUCCUACGUGGUGGUCUUCCUGGUUUGCUGGCUGCCCUACCAUGUCGUGGUGCUCCUGGACGUCUGCUCCAUCCUGCACUACAUCCCCUUCACCUGCCAGCUGGAGAACUUCCUCUUCUCGGCUCUACACAUCACACAGUGCCUGUCCCUGGUGCACUGCUGUGUCAACCCUGUGCUCUACAGCUUCAUCAACCGCAACUACAGGUACGAGCUGAUGAAGGCCUUCAUCUUCAAGUACUCGGCCAAAACAGGCCUCACCAAACUCAUCGAUGCCUCCCGGGUGUCGGAAACAGAGUACUCCGCUUUGGAGCAAAACACCAAGUGAGGCCCAGUCUCGGGAUGCGUGUGCUUGCUUUCAGCAGGGCUCCCAGCUGCCUGGGGGCUUAAGACAGGAGCAGCGUGCCGAGGGGGAGGCGUGCACUGUGCUUCCUCCCCGCCUCUCUCAUGCCUGCGUGGCCGUCACGUGACUGUGACCCUGACAGUGCAUCACGCAGGGCUGUGCCACCAGCCGAUGCCACUUGUCAAAGCCGGUGGCCAGAGGGGCCUGCCUGCACUUCUGUACAGUAGGACUCUCUGUGUUUCCUGAAGGUUUUCUAUGGUGAUUUGUAUUUAAAUGCUAAAACUUUAUUUUCUCACUUUUGGCAUACCUUAUAAAUGUAUCAGAAAGUUUAAAUAUUUUAAAUGCUGUAUGGGAAGUAUAACGCUGACAUGUAAUCGUGUUGUAGUUUUAAUUAGCUUGACUUCGGUUUUGACUAUGGAUGACGUUGACUGUUAGCUGUUGUGAAAUUAUAUAUAAAUAUAUAAAUAUAUACAUCUAUGCCAGCCUCGGUGGAAAUGUUUUAUUUACGACAGUUUUCUAUCUGGGUGGCGCUUUGUACUGGCAUGAGGUGUGCGACGAGAACUGCUCUGUAAUGCAGUUUCUGACAUUAAUAGUAUCUGUAAACUUAUAUUGAAAUAAAACAAACAAACAAAAAAAGCAAAACUGUUCCAGGCUUCAACGCUGUGCAUAAAGCAAACAGCGUAGGUCAGAGAAUUCGCUCAACCUGUAAGUUAUUGUUUUAAAAAUAAAGAUCAUUUUGUUUUUCCUAAAAAA